AUGUCAGAUUUAACGAAAUCUCUCGAAGGGGCAUCCCUUGCAAAUGGGCUGGUACCUCGCCGUUUGCUCCGCGAAGAAAUCACCUACUCCGUCGCGAAAGAAAAAGACUACAAUGUACUCCAUGAAUGGAGCUACUGGGAUCGUCGUUCUCAAUUCUUCAGGCACAUUCAGUCUCAUCAUCUGCUGCUUCAGAAUAUCGUCGCUCAUCACCUCGGGGUUUCCUCCGAUGUAUGCCGCGUCACUGAGCCGCGAGAAUGGAUCCAUGGGAGUUUCAAUGUAUGUAUUAGCAUCGACAUGGAUGCUACGGCGCGGCAUUGUGGAAGAAAAGUAAUGCUACGGCUUCCCUUGCCUUAUAAACUUGGAGAAGACAAAUAUCCGGGGAGUGUAGAUGAGAAGAUCCGGUGUGAGGCCGGAACAUACGUGUGGCUUCAAGAGAAUUGUCCCACAGUACCCAUUCCGGAGUUAUAUGGAUUCGGGAUGUCCACGGGCCAGGCGUUCACUGCCUUGAAGUUUCGCCCAUUAAUGACACGCAUGAUCUGGUCUCUUCGCCGGACCAUCUCAAAGUGGCUUGGAUAUCCACUCGCAACCCGUUAUAUCCCAAGGACAUAUAUAGAAGCAUCAGUGCUAGGCUCAGGUUACCUAUUGAUUGAAUACAUCGACUCAUCCCAAGGCGAAAUGCUCUCCAACACAUGGCCCGAAAAGCGCCAGGUCUCAAAAGUACGACAGAAUCUUUCUCGGGACCUCUCUCGCACUCUCCUCAUACUUUCCCACAUACCUCUCUCAAAAAUUGGGUCCUUCACCAUAGAACAGCAAAGGCUACCUUACCCUAAGCAACAGACCCCUCACCCUUGA